CCGACCGGUGCCUUCCCGCCGGGCGAGGCAUGGCGGGGCCGGUGGACUGUCACUGCCACCUGGCCGCGCCCUGUUUCCAGCCGGACGUGGCGGCCGUGGUGCGGGCGGCGGAGCAGGCGGCCGUGUCGGCGCUGGUGGUGGUGUCGGAGCAGGCGGGCGAGUUCCGGAGCGUCGUGGAGCUGUCUGAGAGAUUCCCAGGGUUUGUCUUGCCAUGCCUGGGAGUUCACCCCGUUCAAGAGAUUUUUCCAGAGGAGCAGCGCAGUGUUACUUUGAAGGAUCUGGAUGCUGCGCUGCCUCUUAUAGAACUUUACAAAGACAAAUUGGUGGGGAUUGGAGAAGUUGGAUUGGAUUUCACUCCCAGGUUUGCCAGCACCGAUGAACAGAAGGAAGGACAAAGACAGGUUUUGAUCAAGCAGAUUGAGCUGGCAAGAAGACUGGAUUUGCCACUAAAUGUUCAUUCCCGCUCAGCUGGAAGACCAACCAUUAAUCUCUUGAAGGAGCAAGGUGCUACCAAAGUGUUGCUCCAUGCCUUUGAUGGGAAGCCAUCUGUAGCCAUGGAAGGGGUGAGAGCUGGAUACUACUUCUCCGUUCCUCCUUCCAUUAUAAGGAGUGGACAGAAGCAGAAGCUUGUGAAACAGCUGCCACUGGAAAAUAUGUGCUUGGAAACUGAUUCUCCUGCUCUGGGGCCUGAAAAACAGGUGAGAAAUGAACCCAAAAAUAUUUACAUUGCUGCUGAAUACAUUGCCAAAAUUAAAGGAAUUCCAGUUGAAGAAGUUAUAGAAGUGACUACACAGAACGCACUAAAAGUAUUCCCUAAACUUCAGCACUUUAUUCGGAUAUAGAUUCAGAAACUGAAAUAUAUCAUGUUGCAGAAAGUAUUACUUGUGGUGUAAUUAAUAAAACCAACAUACAUCUUGUGUUAAGGUGGCGUUUUGCAGUUGGAAGUUCAAGAAGCAAGGAGUGUUAUAUAGCUGGAUAGGAUGAAAAUAGGGAAUUUCUCAAAAAGCUUUGGUGUGCACCAUAAUAAUCUCUUGAAUGUGAUAAAGACACAUUGUUCCUUUGCA